AUGGAUAACCUGUGGAGUCGCCGUUCGAAUUCCAGCAAACUUUCGCUAUCCACAGGCAAUCCAACUACGAAUGGAUCAACUCUUGGUGGUGGCGACCACGCAGCAAGGGGAUUUGUCUUGGGAAGAAGACAUGGAGACACUUCUUCGCACAGCACAAAAAAUCCUUUCAAUUCCAUGUCCCCUUCGGCCUCAUCCUUAUCCUCUCCAACAACGGGCGCAUCGAGCGCUUUUGGAUUAGGAUCAGGCGCUUUCGCAUCAUUUGGAAACUCAAAGGGCCCGAAAACUCCUGGAGGUGGAGGUGCGCUGGAUUUUGGAAGUGUAGUGGGAGGAUCUACCAAAACACCAACUGCGGAGAAAAAUUAUAGAGAUUUGGGAACAAAGACAUCUAAAACUUCCCUCACAGAUUCUAAGACGGCUACAGCGCCAGCUUCACACCAAUUUCGACAUGGCUGGGUAUUUUGGUACAGACCCCCAAUCUCCAAGUCAAACGGAUUUGUUGAAUACGAAAAGACAUUACAUCCAAUGGCAGCAUUCAAUUCGGCGGAGGAACUGUUUGACGUUUUCGAUCAUAUGAGGCACCCCUCGAAUCUGCCACUAGUUUCCGAUUACCACAUGUUUAAGAAGGGAAUUCGUCCAGUUUGGGAGGAUGAUGAAAAUAAAAAGGGAGGCAAAUGGAUUGUGAGACUCAAGAAGGGUGUGGCUGAUCGUUAUUGGGAAGAUUUAGUCUUUGCAAUGGCUGGAGAUGAGUUCGACCCCAGCGAAGAAGUUUGCGGGGUUGUACUUAGCGUGCGCAAUGGAGAAGAUAUCUUGAGUAUCUGGACCCGUUCAGGUGGCGGGAGGGUACUCAAAAUUAGGGAGACAUUAAAGCGCGUUCUUUCAUUCCCACCUGAAACUAAGGUAGAAUGGAAGUCUCAUGAUUCUAGUAUACAACAACGAACUGCUAUCGACGAAGCUCGAAAGGAGAAGGCGGCCAAUCAUCACAAUAAUCGUAAUGGCACCGAACACUCGGAGAAGAAAUAA